UUUCUACUCUAAAUUUCUCAAUUAAUAUUCUUAAAACACUUAUUAACAUUUUUUUUAAUCAUCACACAUUACCCGGUAUGCGCAGCUAAAACAUAGAGACCGGAGGGUUGGAAAUAUUGACGUUUAUAAAUAUGAACCAUGGAAAUGUAACUUAUCCAGGGUUCUUGUCAGUAGUAGUUAGAUUGGUCCAAACAAAACAGCCUCCAUUCAUUCUUUCUGACUAGUAUGUAAUAGCAUUCGCUCCAUCACCAUUUGAGUGAUCAUUUCAUCUAUUGUUUCUUUGAGGUCCUUUUCAGCCUCCCAUGAAAUAAAAUAAAAUAAAAACUUCUUGAUUUGCUCCACGAAAAACGUUCUCCAUUUUAUAAUAAGGCAUGAAAUCUUUGACUUUUGCCUUUUUUUUUUCCUUUAUCCCAAUGCAUUUAAGCAUCUCAACUCAUUUUGCUAGCUGUCAUUGCACUCCUGAAAUGGGUUGGGUUAUAGUGUGUAUGUUGUUUUCUCUAAGUUGUGUCAUUGUUGAUGGCGGAGUUCCAACAACUCUGGAUGGACCCUUCAAGCCUGUGACCGUUCCUCUUGAUCAGAGCUUCCGAGGAAACGCCGUGGACCUGACAGAUACAGAUCCUCUGGUUCAAAGAACCGUUGAAGGGUUCCAGCCAGAACAAAUCUCUCUCUCACUCUCUGCUUCUCAUGAUUCUGUUUGGAUUUCUUGGAUUACAGGGGAAUUCCAAAUUGGGGACAAUAUAGAACCCUUAGAUCCUGAAACUGUUGCUAGCAUAGUUCAAUAUGGAAGGUUCGGAAGGUCCAUGAGACACCAAGCAACGGGUUAUUCCCUCGUUUACAGUCAACUUUAUCCUUUUGAAGGCCUUCAGAACUACACCUCUGGAAUUAUACAUCAUGUUCGUCUCACAGGAUUGAGACCCAACACACUAUAUCAAUAUAAAUGUGGAGAUCCUUCUUUGUCAGGAAUGAGUGACGUUCAUUAUUUCAGGACUAUGCCAGCUUCAGGCCCCAAGAGCUACCCUAGCAGAAUAGCAGUGGUUGGAGACUUGGGUCUUACAUACAAUACCACAUCCACUGUUAAUCAUAUGACCAGUAACCAUCCUGAUCUUAUUCUGUUGGUUGGAGAUGUUAGCUGUGCCAACCUCUAUCUUACUAAUGGCACUGGGGCAGACUGCUACUCUUGCUCAUUUCCUAACACUCCCAUCCAUGAAACCUAUCAGCCUCGUUGGGAUUAUUGGGGAAGGUACAUGCAGCCUCUGAUUUCUAGUGUCCCAAUAAUGGUAAUAGAAGGGAAUCAUGAGAUAGAAGAACAAGCUGAAAACCAGACAUUUGUUGCUUAUAGUUCUCGAUUUGCAUUCCCAUCAGAAGAGAGUGGAUCAUCAUCCACUUUCUAUUAUUCUUUCAAUGCUGGGGGGAUACAUUUUAUAAUGCUGGGGGCCUACAUAUCCUAUGACAAAUCAGGGGACCAGUACAAGUGGUUGGAGAGAGACUUGGCUUCUGUUGACAGGGAAGUAACUCCGUGGUUGAUAGCUACAUGGCAUGCACCUUGGUAUAGCACCUACAAGGCUCAUUAUAGAGAAGCAGAGUGUAUGAGGGUGGAGAUGGAAGACUUAUUAUAUAAAUAUGGCGUUGACAUUGUCUUCAAUGGACAUGUUCAUGCGUAUGAGAGAUCAAACAGGGUAUACAACUACACAUUGGAUCCUUGUGGUCCUGUUUAUAUCACGGUUGGAGACGGUGGUAACAGGGAAAAGAUGGCAAUCACACAUGCUGAUGAACCUGGACAGUGUCCAGAACCAUCAACUACACCAGAUGACUAUAUGGGUGGCUUCUGUGCCUUUAAUUUUACUUCCGGUCCAGCAGAAGGUAACUUCUGUUGGGACCGACAGCCUGAUUAUAGUGCUUUCAGAGAAAGUAGCUUCGGUCAUGGCAUUCUAGAGGUGAAAAAUGAAACCCAUGCACUGUGGAUUUGGCAUCGCAAUCAAGACUUUUAUGGCAGUGCUGGAGAUGAGAUUUACAUUGUUAGGGAACCUCAAAACUGCCCACCAAUCAAGCCAGAGGAGGGUGCUAAAAUAUUUAACUUCAAGAUGCAUUAAGCAUAGCAACACUUUCAAAAUGUGGAGCACUGAAAUUAUCGUACGGCGUUUUCUGUCACCAUGUGCUGCAAUUGGAUUCAGAGGCAUACUGUACUCUAUUGUGUCUUGACAACACGUUGCGUUUUACUCAGUAUAAAUUUUGUAUUCUUGAAGUUUGAUAACAUUUUUUCUUCUUCGAAUUACUGGAAUCCUAUCAAAGUUUGCCUCCAACUAAAUUAUGAGGCAAGUUGUCUCAAAAUUUUAUCAAAUUGGAAAAAUGUAUUAUUUAUUCACAAACUCAAUUGUCAUACAGGUGCAAAA